AGGUAUUCGAUUGAUUCUGUCGGCAUCAGCAUCCCGGCGAUUGCCUCAGGCUAUGUGGAAUUACGAUCGUUAUAAACUUCUGCCGCGAUUUUAUCCCGUUGAAGGCAUCCGUCCGUGCUGCUGUACGUCUUUGACUGCGAAGACCAGCUCUUAGUGGCCACGCUCACGAACGUGUGCGGUCAAUCCUGGGAACUCCCCAUGUCAUAGAGGUGCCUCCUUGUAUUCGGCCCUUCCCUCUGCCUCCCUUGGGAUGCAGAGCUUCUUUGAGUAUAAAACCCCUCAUUCCAGAUAUUCUUUAUCCGAAACAAUUUCUGCGGGCAUAAAGACAACACUCACAUGAUAUGGAUGAUCUAGAGCCUGAACGCAUUUCGUCGCCUCCUCCGGUCUAUGAGCUUAUGCCGUCGCAUGGUUCCAUCUCGAUAGACCAAGGGUUUGAUCAGGUUCCAACUGUCACUACGAAUCAUCAUGAAGUAGCCCAUUCAAGUUUACGGCUUCCAGACGAUAGAUCUUCCGGUUUCGCAUCUCACAGAGAGCCUAGCAUAUUCAGCGACGUACAGUCUCUCGCAACCAGCUCUAUUUCACCCAUGUCCAGUCCUCCUAAUGGUAUGGUGUCCCCGAGUCCGACCAGGUCCACGCACAGGUACUCAAAUGCAAGUGCUGGGAGUCGUAGCAUUCGAGCGGACGCUACAUAUACAUUCCAACCGACUGGCUUCAAUUGCAUGGACCUGGUUGCGAGUCAUCCAUUGUCCGGCCCCUCUUCCGCGGUAUAUCACGUUGACAUAUCUUUCAAUUGUUUCAAUCCUACGUCGUUCAUUACGGCCGUUCGCCGUGGAGGUCUGCGUGAAGGUGAAUUUGUAGCCAAAUUCGAGAUGGGCAUUUCGACUGACCGUGCACGAUUGCAGUUUCAUGACUACCAGGAAUGCGAUACGGAGCAGAUCUUCUAUCCAUAUCGUAAUGUCGGGAGCAAUCUUUCGGAACGAUGGUGCUGGAAACGUUCCCCUCUCCACUUGCAAUGGGAUUCGCUUCAGGACCACACUGGCUAUUUUUGCUGUAAGGAUCCGAGUCGGAAUCCCUCAAAGACAAGUCUAGCCACAUUGGUUCAUAAUGGUCAAUCUACAUCUACUGCGUUGUGGGUGUCUGCAGCGGGUCAUGAAAUCUUCGAUGACAUCUUCAUAUCUGCUCUUCUUGUGGAACGAAAGCGUUUGAGUCCUAGGAAAGGGACGAAGAAUGAACAGCUGUUCAACCACAAAUCUCACGGCGACUCCUGAAACAUAUCAGGUUCCAUUGUAUUUUUCUGUCUUGUACACAAUAUACCAUCAUUCCCGUG